AGAAUAUACCGCCAUCAAUGUCGAUAGCUGCAACGACUGUACCCCCACAGUUAAUUGAAGCAAUAAAAUGCGCAUCGCCUACGGAAAACAAUAACAUUCAACUUCGCCAGGAGGCUUUAACCUUCCUCGAGCAAGUAAAGAACAACGCUUCAGAAACUUGGAAGUAUUGCUUAGGCUUAUUCUUAACAAAUACUGUCGGUACAGAAGCUAGAAUUUGGGUUUUGAGUGUUGUGGAUGUUCUUAUUUCUAACCACUUCCAUACACUCACAAAUGAUGACAUUUUUGCUAUACAAGAAGCCCUAUUCGAGUACGUUAGCAGGGAAUACGUACAAGGCGGUCCAGAAGCUGAUCUUAGUUUCUUGAGAAAUAGAUUAGCACAUACACUCACACUCUUCACUAUACAAACUUACGACAAAACUCACCCAAAUAUCAUUAUAGACUUCUUAUCAUUAAUUAAACAAGGAAAUUCACUCAAUCAACGUACUACACCUUUAGUUUUGCACAUACUUGAUGAAAUAAAUCUUGAAUUAUCAGAUUCCAUCAUGCGAGCUGCACGAGAUUGGUCGUCAGAGAGACAUAUUCGUGAUGGCCACAUUAGAGACGCAAUUAGAUCAAAGGAUGCACCUACAAUUAUAGAAAACUUGUUAAAUAUAGUAAGAGAACUGACUGUCAUGUACGCGAAUGGUGGAAGUGAUUUAUGGUCCUUGAAAGCUAUCGAAGAAUCACUAGCGCUCUCUAUCAACGUCUUUGCUGGCUGGUCACAUUGGGUUGAUAUUAGCUUGUCCUUCACACCACAGAGUCUAGAAUUAUUCUAUCAAUCUUUGCAGCAUCCAUCUACCCAAGUUAAAGUUGCAACUAACGGUUACUUCUGCAAGAUCCUACAAAAAGGUAUUCAAGAUGUUACCGCCAAGUUGGAAGUCAUUAGAAUUGUUAAUGUAUCAGAAGUUAUUGGACAAAUCGAGCAAGCUUCUAGAGAUGAUACAUCUGAUGACAAUAUUCUUUUCAGAGAAUCAUGUGCAAAAUUAGUAAAUGUAGCUGGUUUGGAGAUUCUCAAAUUAUGUGAUGAACCUACUCAAGCAAUGAUAAUGCAAAAUCGUUCAGGUGCUAACCUCGGUACACCGGAGACUAGAUCGCAGGCGCUUGUCUAUCUCGCUCAGCUUCAACCUGUGUUUUUAAGAUACCUCGCUGAUCCAUCAAACAGUCCUUCAUUAGCUGUUCACAGCUUCUUGUCAACUCUCAUUUCUUUCUAUAAGAAGAAGAAGAAGUCUGAUGCUAUGGCGUUCUCGUCAAUGCCAAUUAGAGAAUUCUUCAGCCAAUUGCUACCUAUCGUAAUGACGAAAAUGCAAUGGAAUGAUGAAGUUGAAUGGGGCUUCGGCGGUUUAGGUGAGGACGCAGAUGAUGAGCGUCAUGAACUAUACGAAAUCCGUAGAGUUUUAAGAUCUACUUUCGAUUCAGUUUGUCAAUUGGAUCAAGAACUUUGGAUAUCAACCGUAGUCUCAUUGAUCAACCAGACUUUGACACAAUGUACAGCAACCGGUCCUGAAUCUGUACCAUGGUAUCAAGCAGAGUUGGUAUUAUACAUUGUUUUCUUGUUUGCAGAAGCAACUCAAUCAGGUAACUCCGUUCAAGCAUUUGUACAAAUCACAGAAGAAGAAAGGCAAUCAGCCAAGAAAGAUGCCGUUAAUUUCAAAAUAAAAUAUGAAGAAAAACCUUACACACCAUUGGGUCAACUCGUACAAACUGUAAUCGAUUCAGGUAUUGCUAAUCACCCACAUCCAGCGGUAAAUCUACAGUAUUUCGAAAUGAUUGUUAGAUAUGUUGAUAUUCUUUACGCGAGGAAAGAACUCGUUGAACCUAUUUUAUCUGCAUUCGUUGGUCAAAGAGGUAUUCACAACUCAGCAUUGAACGUAAAAGCUAGAAACUUCUAUUUAUUCCAGAGAUUUACAUUAUUGGCUAGAAAAUAUAUUCCAAUGAACUUGAUACCAAAGGUGUUGGAAAGUAUCACGGAUUUGCUAGCCAUAUCUGUUGAGGUUAUCCCAGCUGAACAACCAGAUGAAGAUGUGUUGACAAAAUCUGUCAAUACUAUGGGUUUAUUCCAAUACCAACUUAAUCUGUAUGAGGCUAUUGGUAGCAUAGUGGCUAAAUUGUCUGAAGUUCCAUCUGAUCAGAUUGCCUAUUUGAAUCAACUAAUUCAACCACUUUUGGCAUCAAUACAGCAAUCAUUACAACAAUCUAACCAAAUCGAGUCCGUUUUGAAUGUCCAUCAUACUAUUCUUGCUAUUGGUCACAUCGCCAAGGGUCUUCCUGAACCUACCUCAGUGCAACACGUAACAAGUAUAGAUCAACCACCACCUAACUACAGUGAACCAUUCGUUCAAUCAACCCAAGCCAUGUUUGUGGUUUUAGAUCAAAUGUCACAGUUCAAGGUUAUAAGAGACGCAUCUAGAUUUACAUUCGCACAGAUCGUAAGCAGUACGGGUGUAGCAAUUCUCAACCAUGUUCCAACAUUCGUCAAUGGUUUAUUAGGUAGAUUAGAGAUGAAUGAAUUAAGCGAUUUCCUCGUUUUCUUGAAUAUGCUUGUUCAUAAGUUACGUUCAACAAUUUUCUCAAUUUUGAACUCAAUUAUACAACCAAUUCUUGAUAGAGUAUUUACAUUUUUGUCCGUUCAAGUUGAUGGUACAGAUGAUGAAUUAAAUAAGGCAGAAAUGGAGAGAAGUUAUUUAAACUUCAUUGGUACCAUUCUUUCUGCUGGACUCCAAGGCGUUUUAAUAUCUGAUGAAAAUAGAGAUAGAUUUAUGCAAAUUCUUGAAUCAAUUUGUCAAUUCGCACAGGGUUCCUCACCUCCAACUCAAAGAAUUGCCUUUAAUGAUAUAUCAAAAGUUGUUUUCUGUUAUGGUACACUUGAGCAAGUGCAAAAUGACUUAAAAGUUCAAUCAACUCAAAAUAUUAUUCAAAUAAAUCCAACUCCAAUACCAUUAGCAGGAUUUGAGGAAUUCAUUUAUCAACAAUUUAUCAAAUUAGCUUUCGAAGUUCCUGCAAAGUCAACGUUUAACUUGAAGGAUGGUCAAACAAAUGUUGUAUUAGGUGAAAUUGCGCUCCUACUUAGACAAACUUACUUAAGUAGAGGUGAGGAGUUGUUGAACUUCCUCAGAACUGUCUAUCUUCCUUCAAUUGGUUGCCCAGAUAAUAUCUCAUUCGAGUUGACAAAGCAUAUUUCAACAGAUGAGCCAAAAAUUUUCAAGAAGGCUUUUACAGAGUUCAUAAAAGCUUCAAAAUCAGCAUAGAUGAUGUCUAUUAAUAAUAUAUUGUAUGCAUUCGUUAGAGAUUUCC